CAGCAGAGGAGGCAGGUCACUGAGUACAAACACUGACUGUACUUCAGUACGUGUUCCAGGUAUCUGUACUUUACUCCAGUGCUUCUUUAACUUCAUCUGAACACAAACCUUUUAUGAAUCAUGUGCAUUAAUUCUGUUACAGGCUCUCUGAGUUCCACCUGCUCUGAGGACGACGUCCCCUUCAGGGACAGUUAAGUUGUAAAUGUUAUAAAACAGUAUAAAGUGGCAGCUGGACUGCUGAGUGUGCAGAGCAACAUAUCAGAAGACGUGAACCUAAAGAACUGAAGGCGUUUAUAUCGAUAAGAUAAGAUGACCUGUGCAGGACUCUGAUCUGCAACUACACCUUCACAAGAAGUCACAUGAUUUAGAGGAACAGUGAGGCAGAAUAAAGUCCAGUGAAGAGUCAGUCUGCUGCAGCCAGCUGAGUGAACACACAGAGUUUACAGUCAGUCUGUCGUCUCCACCAGCUUUAUUCAGAGACGACAGGACGUCUCUACCAACUUUAUUCAGAGACGACAGGACGUCUCUACCAACUUUAUUCCAGCAGAACUUUCAGCAGCAGGCGUCUCUGAUUGGACCAUCAGGCAGAAACCGUCAUCAUGUCAAAGGAUCAGGUAACGAGCCCUCGCUGUGGCGGCGUCAUUAUUAAAGGAGCAGUCUCUAAGUUUGUAAAAGAAAUUCAUCUUUUAAUAGUUUUAAUAUUUACAACAUUAAUGAGGUAAUAAUAAUAAUAAUGAAAAUAAUAAUGUAAUAAUGUUUCACAGUCCAGGACUCUACAGGUGUUCUGUCAGUUUGUUCAUUUGAGUUCAGGUAACAACAGACUUUGAAGUGAAGAAUUGAACCAUCGUUUUAUUUGUGUUAAAACUGACUCAGUAAACUUGGGAACAAAAAAAACUUUAAAGUCAAGCAGGGACACAUUUGUGAAUGAUGCCCAACCCUGCGGAUGAUAAUGAAAAAUGAAUCAAGUGUUGAUCUGUUGACUGCUGAUCUUCAUCGUCAGGUUGUGUUAAAGGCUGUUGGAACAGCGUUGGGACUUCUUGGUGCGGCUGCAGUUGGAGGUUUAGCUGCAGUGUUCAGCAACAUGAGGACGCCUGUGGAGCAACACUUGCAUCCAAUUGAACUGAGUGGAGAUGAUCAGGAGGAAGAGACUGAGGAAGAGGAGAGCGAGCAGACUGGAGGUGAACUAAAGAAAGACAGUCAGCAGGCUGAACAGACUGGAGGUGAACAGGAAGAGGAGCAGAGGGAUGAUGAGGAUAAAGAGAGAGAUCAGGAGGAAGAGGAGGAUGAUCGCGAGGAAGAGACAGAGGAAGAGGAGAGUGAUAGUGAGGAAGAGACAGAAAAGGAGGAGAGCGAGCAGACUGAAGGUGAACAGGAAGAUGAGCAGAGGGAUGGUGAGGAUGAAGAGAGAGAUCAGUGUGAGAUCAACCAAACACCUCCUGGAACGAUCAAGCUCGGGUUGCUCAAUGUUCGGUCGAUGACCAAAAAAGAAAAUGUGAUCUCAGAGCUCAUAACACGAAACAAACUGGACCUCUUACUCAUAAACGAGACGUGGGUCAAACCAAAAAGAUUAAAAGUCCUCCACAAGGCUUCACCGAAGCGUUACAAGGCUCACUAUCGGGUGAGGCCGGGUAAAAAAAAAGGAGGAGGGGUGGCGAAUCUGUUCUCAGAGGCAUUGCAGAGAAAACCAAAAUCCUCAGACUCUCCAGACAAAAAGAUAAAGACAACGACCUUUGAGUUUGUUGUCACAGAGCUGCAACAUGACGACUGGAACCAACCGGUUCUGAUCAUCAACCUGUAUCACCCACCAGGAAACAGCAAGGAAGAAUUCAGAAAGUUUCUGGACGAGUUUCAAAGUCUCCUGGAUGAAGUCGAGAAGAAGUACAGCAGCUUCAUUGUGACUGGAGAUUUCAACAUCCAUGUUAAUAAAGAAUGGAGGUCUGAUACUGAUGAGUUUGAUUCUCUUUUGCUGGUCAAUGACCUCACGCAGCAUGUAAACGAGCCAACACACAAAGCAGGUAACACUCUGGAUCUGGUCAUCACCAGAAAUGUGGAAAUCUCUGGUCUCAAAGUUCGGAAUGAAAAAAACGUAGUAAAAUCAGAUCAUUACACUGUUUAUUUCUAUGCAAAGCCAGAAGGCACAGGAGAGAAAACUGAAGAAAACAAGAACGAAGAGCAGAAAUCAUUCAGACAGACGGAGGAAUAGAAACUGAAUAAUUCUCUGAAAUGUGAAAGAAGCUGAUUGAUCUCUAAUAUCUCACCUGAUGUAACUGUGAUCAAUGAAGUUUCUACAAACUAUUAGAUCCAUCUGAUCAAACAAGGUGGUUAUUCUUAUCCGAUCAUUAACUAAAGAUUCAGUUUGAAUGAAACAUGUUGCUAAAAUAAAGUAUUUAUCAAAAUAAGUCAUGAGAACAAGAGCAGAGAGAGAAAACAGAGAGCUGAAGUCUGAUCAUUGUUUCUGAAUGGAGACGCUCACAGACACAUUUACUCAGACGUCCAUCAGAAGCUCCGCCUCCGACCCUCACCUCUGAUGGCCUCACCUGCUUCAGUCCUCCCUCCUCUGAAGAUGCUCUCACAUUAGUGACGUCUAACCAGGAACCAGCUGUUCCCUGGACCAGAUUCCCUCCUCCCUUCUCCAAAACACGACGAUGGUUCUGGACUUCAAGUCCGUCAACAGAACUGCACCGUCUUCCUCCAAACCCUGGUCAGACCACACGGCCCAGAGAGCACUGCACUCUGCUACACCAGCAGCCGGCUGGUUCCGCCAUCGCUGAGAGCAAACAGAGCUGCUCAGAGACGUCACCACUCUUCUCUGUUCUGGAGCCUCAGAGGAGGAACCGAGUCCAGACCAGCGUCAGGACAGCAGAGUCUCUGUGUCUGCAGCAGGAGACUCAGGACUCACCUGUUCAGACUCACCUGGACCUGCAGAGCAUCGCUGCCUCCCAACAAGAAGCACUGAUGUACUGAAACAGCAGUUAUGAUCCUCAGACGACAGACGGCUCGACAGUUGUUUCUCUUCUCACUCUGUCGAGGUGAUGUUGUGUUUCUCUCUUGUGACAAAUGUACUUAUUGUAAAUCAUAUCGGACACAAGUGUUGUUAAAUGUCUCCAAUGGAAAUGUAAAUAUAAAUGUGAUCGGUUGGUCAGAAGCCUCUGACUGGGUGAUUGGUUUGUUUUAUUUUGGCGGGGUGUGAGAUUGUGAGAACACUUUCCUGUGUCAUUUGAGAUGUUUUUACAGUACAAAACAGAAAACUUAUUCACACACACACACACACACACACACACACAGUGAACACACACACACACACACAGUGAACACACACUGUGUAUAUAAUCAUGUUUGUACUGAGUUAUUGUUUGUCACAGGAAGUGAAAAACAAAAGUCAAACAAUCAGAAUAAUUGUGAUCUUAUUGUUUGUGUUCAGUAAAAGACUUUUGAACCUU